CCUCCCUCCCUCUUUCCCUUUCUCUACUCUCUCCUCCUCUUUAUUCAGUGAUUCUCAGACUCUGAGCUGAGAGGUUCUCUGUUCGUGUUCGGACGUUUGGAUCUUUUUUCGUUUUCUGUGUGAUGAAGGACAGUCCUGUCUCACCUGCCUGUCUCACUGACGUGUAUCAACUGACGUGUCUCACCUGACGUGUCUCACAGGUGUGUGUGACGUGCAGCCUGCAAACCCCGUUGAUCAGGAGGAUUCCUAUGAAAUGAUCUGAGCUUCUCGCUUCUUGUGAACAUGCAGCUCCUCAUCCUCCUCUUCACCUCCGCGCUCCUCUUCCUCACACAAUCCGCACGCGCUGAGCCCAAACCCAAAUGUCCGACCCGCUGUGACGUCAGCACCUGUCCGAGUCCCAGCUGUCCCAGCGGCUACGUGCCGGACAGGUGUAACUGUUGCGUGGUGUGCGCGCGGGCGGAGGGCGAGCCGUGCGGCCGCAAGGAGGAACUGCCGUGCGGGGACGGUCUGGAGUGCAAACACCCGGCGGGGAAACGGAUCGGGAAAGGCUUCUGUCAGUGCAGGUACAGCAGCCAGGUGUGCGGCAGUGACGGCAUCACUUACAGGAACGUGUGUCAUCUGAAGGCCACCAGCAGAAAGAACCAGCAGCAGGGUCUGGACGGGGUCUCCCAGAGCCACAAGGGUCCGUGUGAGAGCAGCACAGGUCCUCCACACUCUUCCAGUCCAAGAUACAAGUUCAACUUCAUCGCAGACGUGGUGGAAAAAAUCGCACCUGCUGUGGUCCACAUUGAACUCUUCCUCAGACACCCUCUCUUUGGGAGGACUAUCCCUCUGUCCAGCGGUUCAGGCUUUGUGAUGUCAGAGAACGGACUGAUCGUGACCAAUGCUCACGUCGUCUCCAGCACAUCACCUGUGUCCGGUCAGCAGCACCUGAAGGUCCAGAUGCACAACGGAGACAUAUACGAAGCCAAAAUCAAAGACAUCGACAAAAAGUCAGACAUUGCUACAAUCAAGGUCAACUCUCAGAACAAGCUGCCUGUCCUGCUCCUGGGUCACAGUGCAGACCUGAGGCCGGGGGAGUUCGUGGUUGCCAUCGGCAGCCCGUUCGCCCUGCAGAACACCGUCACCACAGGCAUCGUCAGCACGGCUCAGAGGGACGGGAAGGAGCUGGGCCUCAGGGACUCGGAUAUGGACUACAUCCAGACCGACGCCAUCAUCAAUUACGGGAACUCAGGAGGACCUCUCGUCAAUUUGGAUGGGGAGGUGAUCGGCAUCAACACCCUGAAGGUGGCAGCAGGGAUCUCUUUUGCCAUCCCCUCAGACAGGAUCACCCGUUUCCUCAACGAAUCAGUGGACAAACCCAACAAAGAUGUGAGGUCGGUAAAGAAGCGCUUCGUUGGAAUCCGGAUGCUGACCAUCACACCAGCGUUAAUUGAGGAGCUCAAACAGCAGAACUCAGACUUUCCUAAUGUGACCAGCGGGAUCUACGUCCAUGAAGUUGUUCCUUACUCACCUGCAGACAAAGGUGGAAUCAAAGACGGUGACAUCAUUGUGAAACUGAAUGGCAAACCUAUGAUGACCACAGCCGACCUGCAGGGGGCGCUGCAGGAGGAGUCUGCCCUGCUGCUGGAGGUCAGGAGGGGCAACGAUGAUCUCCUAUUUAACAUAGAGCCUGAUGUAAUAAUGCAGUAAAGAUGGCGGUUCACCUGCAGGGCAAGGAGAACGUCCCAGACUGUUCCUAAACCACUAAACACUAUUUAAACAUGUCACAGAGUGGAAACAUUACACUGGUGUGAAGUAGUGUUCGAACAGUGCACACAGCUCCAGACACCGUGCACCUGGCUGUUACCUGUAUAUGUCUCUGACCAGGGCAACGCUGGAACAAUUCCUCACAUGGACCUCACCUUGAAUCCAAAGCCUGUCAGUGACUGUUUGACUUGAAAUAUAUUUUUCUCCUGUAGACACGUUCACUAAACACGUUCAUGAUCUGAAUAUGACGCCUUUUUAUUACACACGGCGAUGAUAAAUUCCCUUUGAGGGACAGCUGUGACUCAGUGGUAGAGUUGGUCGUUUCUCAACCAUCCAAUAUCGGGGAUUCGAUCCCUAGCUGAUGCAGCCAUCAGUGUGUGAAUGUGUAUAACUGUGGAUGAGUUAAUACUGAUGGACUCUUUACACAGCAGCCUC